AGAAGCCACAGCACCACAAAUAGCAGUAUUAAUACAAUAUAAUAUACUUAUAUAUAAUAUUGAGUUAUAUAUUCUACAUAUAUAUAUAAAUCAAUUAAAUUAAAGCAGCUAGCUACUAGCAGGAAUGGCGGCGGCAGAGGGCAGUCAUGAGGUGGUGGUGGUGAGGGAGUACGACCGGAAAACCGACCGGAGGGCGGUGGAGGAAGUGGAGGAGAUGUGCCAGGUAGGUCGCACCGGCAACGGCAAGCACCGCCUCUCCCUCCACACCCACCUCCUCGGCGAUCCCAUGUCCCGCCUCCGCAACUCUCCCGCCUCCCGAAUGCUCGUAGCCGAGAUGGCGGCGGACGGCGGCGCACGCCGCCAAGUCGUCGGCAUGAUACGUGGCUGCAUCAAAACCGUAGCCUCCCCAAUGUUCGCCAAACUCGCCUACAUCUUAGGCCUCCGCGUCUCUCCUUCUCAUCGGAGAAUGGGCGUGGGCGCGAAGCUGGUACGAGGAAUGGAGGAAUGGUUCCGACAAAACGGGGCCGAGUAUUCCUACAUAGCGACGGAAAACGACAACCGGCCGUCGGUAAAUCUCUUCACUAAAAAAUGCGGCUACUCGAAGUUCCGUACGCCGGCGAUUCUCGUGCACCCGGUCUUCGCUCACCGCGUCCGCGUCGACGCCGGAGCCGCCGUAAUCCGGCUCGGCUCCGCCGACGCCGAGGCGCUCUACCGCCGCCGCUUCUCGUCGACGACGGAGUUUUUCCCGAGGGACAUCGACGCCGUUCUGAACAAUAAACUGAGCCUGGGGACUUUCCUGGCCGUCCCCAAGGGUUCGACGCCGUACGACUCGGCCGAGUCGUGGCCCGGACCGGACGAGUUCCUCGCGGCUCGGCCCGAGUCGUGGGCGGUUCUCAGCGUGUGGAACUGCAUGGAGGUUUUCCGGCUCGAGGUCCGCGGCGCGUCGCGCGUGAUUAAAGCGUUGGCGAGGACCACGCGCCUCCUCGACAGGGCUUUUCCGUGGCUGCACCUCCCGUCGGUGCCGGAAGUUUUCCGGCCAUUUGGGCUGCAUUUUCUGUACGGUCUGGGCGGAGAAGGCCCCGGCGCGGCGGCGCUGAUCAGGGCUCUUUGUUGGUUUUCGCAUAACCUGGCGAUGGACGGCGGCUGUAGCGUGGUGGCGACGGAGGUUUCCUGCGGCGAGCCGCUCAGGUUAGGGAUACCGCACUGGAAAAGGCUAUCGUGCGCGGAGGAUCUGUGGUGCAUCAAACGGCUGGGAGACGACUAUGGUGACGGCUCAGUGGGUGACUGGACAAAGUCGCCACCUGGUCUGUCUAUUUUUGUUGAUCCCAGAGACAUUUGAUCUGACUCAUUAAAUUAAAUUAAAAUUAUAAUUUAAUUAAAAUAUCUCUAAUUAAUAUAUGAUCGAGCUAGAUGUGGAUAAGGUCUUAAUUAAUUUGUCGUUUUGUUGUAAUGGUUGUAAAUGGAAUAUCCCACUCGUGUAAAUUAAUGGAUCUCUUUACUU